CAAGUUUCAGAUGUUUUAUUUGAAAAAAAUGCGCGGAGAUAUAACUCUGGAAAAGUUAAAAGGACUCUGCCGGGAGAGGUUACAUCUGCUCUCUGCUCUAUCUCAAACGUCCUGCUCAGAUGAGGUGAGAGACUGUAUAGGAAGGGUUUGCUCCGAUACCGAAAAUAUACUGCACAGGACGGAUAAGGACUCAAUAUCACACUGCACCCUUCUCAUCCUUGUAGCUUUAAGGCCUGGGAUGCGACAGUUUUUUCUGGAUACAGAAUCCAGAUUGUUCCUGUUCCGGGUUGAGGUUGAGAUGGAACCAACCUUGAUAUACUCGUCAUUUCUUCAACUCCGCUCAACCCUAUCCUUGCAGUACGCAGAGGACAGACAGUAUAAUAUUCUAGCCAAGAUUGUAGGUGAUAUUCUGGAUUCUGGAAUUCUUCAACAUUAUUUAGAUGUACAUAGAGCCAGAGGAAAUCCAUCCCAAGAUACCCAACCCGAACUCAAGUCUUGUCAGAAUUUCCAGGUUUCCGUCCCGUUCCAGUUUGCUCCUGGUCUGGUGGCUAGUAGAGAGAUUACUCUUAGUGAAGGUUUUAUUCUAUUCCGAUGUCACAAUCUUAUUCAACUGUGGGUCACCAUAUUCCGCUCUAUACUGGAGACAGAACUAACAAGAUAUAUCAACUCACAACCUUAUGUGCUCAAAGUUAUGACAGGAGAAAUAGAAGACGACCGAACCCUCAGACUUUUUAAUGACCUAGAGAAAUACUACAACAGUUUAACCCAAAGAAGAUCACGAAAGAUCAACAGAAACCCGAUAUUAUUCCACGAAGUACCGGCGCUCGGCGCCAGUUUCCCUGCGUGUAUGAGACGUAUCCUAGAUACACUGGAGACUGGGGAGAAGCUGAAACAUUAUCCUAGAUUCUAUUUCUCUCUAUUCCUCAAAGAACUCGGGAUGGAUUCAAGUGAAGCAAGGAAGUUCUGGUUCCAUUAUUACUCUAAAAUACGAGGUGACCGAGGAUUAAGUGUUUGGGAAGAAAAGGCUUUCAGAUAUGAUUACAGUAUUAAACAUCUAUACGGAGAAAAGGGAACCCGGAGUAAUUACUCCGGUCCGUUCUGUUCUACGUUAUCCUCAGCAGGGCUCUGCCCCUACACAGAUAUUGAAGAUUUACACCUAAUUGUCAGGAAAACCUCAAAUUUGGUUCAACAAAAAUCCACUAGAAAAGAGAAGAAACAAACCACUCUUCCACAUGAUCUAGAGGUUUGUUUUCAAAUACCAAUAUUUGUAAUGAUAUAUGUAUAA